UCAAGAAAGUUUUGUUGCAUGCCAACAAGUUAUGGUGAGUUCUAAUCUGCUGUUUCCAACUGUUUAAGGGGUUAGUGAAAGCAAAGUAGAAAAAGUAGUUUCAAUAUGGAUGCUGAAGCUCAAGAAAAGCAAAAGAAGCAUGACAACGAAAGUGCAGCUGAUUUGGAACGAGUUACAGAUUACGCUGAAGAAAAAGAAAUCCAUGUUACAGACAUUGGUGAUGUGUUGGCAAACCUUGGCAAAACUUCCAACGCAAAACAAGCAGCUGAAAGAGAAAGAGAACUAUCUGCUGUAAAAAUAUCCAAAGAAGAUGUAGAACUGGUCAUGCGUGAAAUGGAAAUUAACAAAGUGAAAGCAGAAAGAGCGUUAAGAGAAAAUAAAGGAGACGUUGUAGCUGCAUUAACUGCAUUGGUCAACGCUUGAACUGUCAAUCAUAUUUCAAAUGAUAUCAAACUGCAUUCGAUUGGCCGAAUUUGGAUUUGACACUGUUUUAUGCUAUGCUAUGCUGAGUGAAGAGUAAAAUCUGCUCUAUACAGUUUAAAGCUGUUACCUUUUUAACAAUUACCGUGCUUUAAAAAAAAUGAUGUACGAUAAUUCAUGCUCUGUUGAAUUUCAUGGCUUUUUUGAACAUGUUAAAUUGUGUUUGUUUUGAUGUUAAAUCUCCUUUGAUAAUCUUCAGAGUUUCAUUAAGCCCCUUACAACUAAACCUUAAAUGCUGUAUGAUAAUUGAAACAAAAAUUAAUAUAAGGGGAAUAUAGGUUUGACAAAUUAAAUAACAAGGUCAUUUUUUGCAG